AUGUCAGCAUCUCCAGAUAUCAUCGAGCGCUUAUCCAAGUGGUCCAGUUGUGACAUCUCAGAUGGAUUGUCCAAGUUGGGCCGUGCCGAUGGCGGCUUCCUCGAGGGCCUGGUUCUCUACUCGCCCGAAUACCAGGCUGGUAAGACAAAGAUUGUUGGCCCCGUCUUCACUGUAAAGUUCGCGCCUAAGGGCGACUCAUCUGCCCCCAAGGUCAAGGGAAACUAUGUUGACCAAAUUCCGAAAGGCUCCGUCGUCUUCAUUUCUCAACCUGCCCCUCACAUCAAUGCAUGCUAUGGUGGCCUUAUGUCACUGAGAGCCCAAAUUCUCGGAGCAAAGGGUGUUGUGAUCGACGGUCACCUUCGCGAUCUGCAAGAGCAUAGAGAUUUGAACUUUCCUUUGUUCGCGAGAGGUGUCGGCACAACUGCUGGCGGUGCUGUAUGCUUCCCAUCCGAGAUCAACGUCGACGUUAAGCUCCAGUCUGUAAAGCAGGAAGCUGUUAUUAGCCCAGGCGGCUACAUCAUUGCGGACAUUGACGGAGUUGUAUUCUUGCCCGGAGACCUCGCAGAGAAGGUUUUGGGUCUGGUUCCAGGUCUUGCAGCUGCGGAUGACAAGUGUGCGGAAGCGAUUCGUGGAGGCAUGUCAGUUCAAGAGGCAUUCGCAACCUUCCGAGGCAAGUGA